AAAGCUUUUAUUUUGUAAAAGAUUGUAGUUGUUCCUUUAUAUUCUGCAGAUAAAACAAAAAAGCUCCAAAGCCUUUUCUGUAUUUAUGGAUUUGAGUUUCUCCACCCUUGCUUUAGGGCUUCAUCCAUUUUAUUAAAGAUAUAAUUGGAAACUACAGGAAGUGUAAUGCUGCUGAUCACGUUGCAGUAGCUUAUCAGCUCACAUGCUUGGGUGUGGCACUUAUUCGUGGAAAUGAAACCUAAGGCUAUCAAAACACAGUUGUACUGUUUGCAGUGCAGCAGAACCCACCAGAUGGACUUUGGAGCAGUUGUAGUCUGUAUUUACUCUGAAAUUACCAACUUCAGCUGCCAAAGAAGACUCAUGUUUGGAUUAAAAGAAGAUUUUCUGAAGUUUUAGAGGCCUGGGACCCCAACUCUAUUCUCCCAUUCCUGCAGAAAAAAGGGGGUCGAUAACAAUCAGCUGAAACACCAGCCUGAGCCCCUCAAUGGAAGGAGGUUGGAUAUAUACUGAUUGCAAGUUGUCCAUAUUCACCCCACCUCCCUUCAUGGCCCUUUCCCAUUUUUUGGGAGGUUGCCAAGGUUUGGUUUUACCUUGUUAUGCCAAUAGAAAAACCAUAACCAUAAACACCAUAACUAAAUUAGUAAUCAUAUGAUAAUUCUUUAUUUUGCAGAUGAAUGUGACAAGACAGACAUGUAAUAAAGAGGAAAAAGAAAUCUAGUAUGGAACAACCUCACCAGUUACCAAGACAAUGGACUGAAUCUGAAGUUAGUCACUGGCUAAGAUCUAUUGGAGUGAAGGAAACAUACAUACAAAAACUUUACGAAGAAGAAGUCGAUGGACAAUGCCUUCUUGCACUAGACGAACACUUUUUGGUGACCAAGGUUUCCAUGAAAUCAGGACCUGCUAAUCUAAUAAUUAAAAGAAGAGAUGAGCUCAUUAAUUUUACUCAAAAGCCUCCAGAAAAGAAUACCUCUUCUAGUGACCAGACAAAUAAAAAGCGAAAUUUGGGAAACAAGAGUGAUCUGCCAAAACAGAAGGCUAAGGAAGAGGAGAAUGUCUUACAAGAAAAACAACCUGUUGUGCAACAAUGUGUAUUGACAAAGGAAGACUGCAGAGCACGGCCAUUUGAUAAAGAUCCCGACUUCAUUUAUGUUAAACACAGAGUCCUACAGCCUGAGUCAGGAGCUUUUAAUCUGAUCAAUCCCUGCCGCGAAUUUAAGUCUCUUGCUAAUGCUUCACAAUUAGAUAACACACGACUUAGAACCAAAUUUGCCAGAGAGGUUCUGAAAUUUGCAACUGGAUGUAUGAAUGUCAGAACAAAUGGUACAAUCCACUUUGGUGUGAUGGACAGCAGAGAAGAUGCAGAUUAUGUCCAUGGUGAGAUAAUCGGCAUUCCCAUAAAAGACAAAGAUGUUUUUGUUGAUGCGUUGGACUUCAUUGAAAGGAGCUUCUCCUCUGACAAGGAACAUAUUCGCCAGUGUGUGCGUCCGCCAAGGUUCAUUGAGGUUAUGGAUCAUACAAGUGUAGAGAAGAGGUAUGUGGUAGAGGUUGACAUUGUUCCUUCGAUAAGCAUUGUUCGAGGCAAGAUCUACAAAGUUCGUCUGCCAAACUUCAAGGAAUCAGCUAACAAAGUUGAAUUUGAGAAAGAGACAGUUCUGCGAAGGGUCGGUUCCAAGACAGAACCAGUGGGCGAUACAGAUCAGCUGGAUUUCUUUCAGCGGAUACAAGAUAGAGACGCUCAGAGAGAAGAAGCAGAGAAAUAUCCCUGUGACCCUGAAAUCUACCAAAACCUUGGAAGAAAACUCACUAUGCUCAUGACAAGGGGGAAGAAAUCCAUUGAGAAAGAGAAAUGGUUCAUACUUGUGACAAACAAAUUUAAACCCAACGACCUUUGUCACAUUGACUGGCUACUGAACAUGAACAUCUUCUGUGUGUUUGACUUUGAUCCAGACUCAAACAUAUCCGGUCUUUGCAGUAAAUACAGUCAAAGCCAUGCAGCAAAUAUGCAUUCUCUGCAGAGCUAUCAGAUUUCCAGAGAUACAACUAUUAAGGAAUUCACAGGCAAGUUGCUUUUGUUUGAGCAGACAAGCUGGAUUUUUUGCAAUGGACGCUCUGAUUUUAAAGGAAGUGAACCCCCAUGUGAUGACAUAACUUGGACCAACACAAAACGUCCUCUCCUGCGAGAAUCUAUAUCUUUGAUCUGUAAACACAUUUUGCCAAAAGGUACGUUCCAGGUGAUUUUUCUUCUCACAUCACCAGUUGAAAAACCCCUCCUUCACACUUUUUAUGAGUUUUCUGCAGACAUGCAAGGCCAUGAAGACAUCGUUUGCAUCUGUGAAUUAGAAGAAGACUUUCUGAAGUGGGAAAGUUUUGCAGGAGGAACAUUUGGUGCAGACACGGUCAACAAUCAUGGUGUUGUUGGUAUGAAAAUGAGUCACAUCAACGCAACACUGCAGCAACUGCAACCUGUAACAGCACACACCACCAAACAUUUACCCACCUUUGCAAAGGGAAAAUGCUGUCUAGAGACAAGAGCGAAGGAAGACAUGUAUUCACUGGAAAUCCUGGCAAUCGAUCAUUGUGAUGAAACCGUCAAAGAGUCAGUUGAAGCAGAGAAACAAAACACUGAGCAGCACUUCUAUCAUGGUGGGAAAGUGACCUGGUUGCAUCUCUGGCUUGCUGAGCACAAACAUGUUGGCGACAUCAUUGAAAGGGACGCAUACAGUGAAGUUUUUGAUCUACUGGAAGAUUUGAAAUCAAAUACCAUGCAGGUCCCAGUGAAAAGAAUCAACAUCUACCAUCAUCCUGGGAGUGGAGGGAGCACCGUGGCAAGGCAAGUACUGUGGAGAAAAAGAACCGACCUAAGAUGUGCCGUUGUCAAGCCCUCAUACUCUGCUGAUGUUGUUGCACAUCAUGCAGUCAAGCUGAGAGAACAUGAUGAAAACGAUCCACAGAGGUGUCUUCCUGUGAUGCUCCUUGUUGAAGAUUCAGAACAGGAAUACCUUGAUGACCUAAAGAAUGAACUGGAGGACGCCAUUCGCAGCCAGAAGAUUCUUUAUGAAAAAACUUGCUUCAUUUUAUUAAGCUGCAGACGAUGCCAUGAUCCAGCAAAAAAAACCAAUGAGUCUCCGUUAGAGAAUGUCUCAGUCACUCACAAACUUUCUCCAAAGGAAAAACGAAUGUUUUCUGCAAGACUUCAGGAGUUAGAGGAACAAUACGAGCCUGAAUUCAUCCUCACAUUCGUUUUGAUGAGUGAAGAGUUCAAAAAGGUGGCAACAUACGUUAAAAAGUUUGUGACAAAUUUGCUCCAGGGCAUUGAUCAUGAAUCUGGUGACACUCGGUUCCUGCUCUAUGUAGCGUUGCUGAACACCUACGUUCAAAACUCUUUCAUCUCUCAGUCCCAUUAUGAGGCUUUACAAGGCUUAAGCGCAUAUGUUCCCAAGCUUCGACAGCCCGUGUUUGAAACAUCUCUGAAUGAACAUAUGAAACUAAUUUUCUUGUAUCUCAGAGAUGAGAAGACACACAUUGAAUCAAUCAAAAUCAUCCACCCACGAGUUGCAGAGGAAAUUCUCAAACAGCUGCUAGGUGACCAAAAACGACGAGGUAGCUUGGCAAAGGAGCUGCUGGCUGAGAAAGUUCUGUUUGAGCACCGGUUUGGCAGGGAUGAUUAUUUAGCAUUUCUCAAAGCACUCCUCAACAGGCGAUCAAAGGUUAGCCGAGGUGAUGAAAAUGACACCUUAUUUUCUCCUCUCAUUGAUUAUGUGCGUAAAAAUGAAAGUCUAGAGUUAGCUCUUGAGUUACUCAAGGAAGCAUAUGAAUGCUUUCAUAAAGAUGCAUUUUUUGCCCAAACAAUUGCUCGACUGUAUUAUUCAUAUGAAAAGUUUGAAGAGGCAAAACUCUGGGCAGAGACAGCUGCUACCACAAAGCCCGAUAACUCAUAUAUACUCAACACAAAGGGGCAGGUGUACAAAAGGUGGUUUGAAGCUAAACUGAAGGCCACUGAGUCUAAUAACAUACCAAAGACAGCCAAGAACAUGGCACCAGCGGUGGACAUCGCACUGACAGCCAUGGAGUGUUUCCAACAAUGUCAGAAAGUAGCUGAAGAACAUCCAGAAACCAUGAAUAAGUUGGGUUUUUUUGCCGAAGUUGAGGUUGGAUGUAGACUACUAAAAUUGAUCUCCUCAAUUCAGGAGUUUGCACAUAGAGAUGACAGCUCUUCAGAGUGCAUAAAAUACCUAAUCACCCAACAUUAUAUUCCAGAGGGAAUAAAAGAUGCUUGGGAGCCAUUUCAUGGCCGUCUGAAAAACCUUAAGAACACAAUUAAAGAAACGUUGGACUGGAUUUCAGAAGACCUAAGUUACUUCCAGAAAGACAUUGUUGCACAUGAAGAAGAGACUUCUGAAAGUCCUGAAGAAACAGUAAGAAAUCCACUCAAAUCGUUGUCUGAGGCAUCCUCAGACUAUGGAAAAUACUUGGGUGGAGGUUCAGGCAAACUUUUAAAGUCCUCUAAGUCGGUUCUAACAAACCUGAAUCCCGACACAAAGCGCAUGAUCAUCUGUCGCCUCGGGGGAGGUAACCUAACAUCCAUCUUCUACAAACUGAAUAACCAGCAGGAAAGGGACACCAGUGACCUACAGACAAUUCUUUCCCUUUACCCAAGCAAUCCAGUGACAGCUAAAUUUCCCCAAAAAGACAUAAUUAAUUACAUAGCAGCCAACAUUGCUUUGAAGUGUCUCUCACCACAGUCUCCAGGGGUUGCUGCUUUACAAGACCUGCAAGCUCUCAGCCACCAGUUCCCCAAUGACAAAAGGAAAUGUUCUCCAUCUGCCCUGUUCUUACUUACCAUGUUGUUCUGGCCAGAAGAUCAUGACAAAGAAGAUGAGAAAAACAAAAAAUAUGAAAUUGUGCAAUCAGCAAUUGAGUACCUGACAAAGGACUAUUGGAAAAAGAUCAAGGACAUUCCUCCACGGAGGAGAAGACUUUUCACCCAUUUCUUCCUGGGAAAUGGGACUGGGCUGGAUAAGUUUGUGCACAAAAGCAAGAUAGAAAGAUACACAAAGAGGCUCCCAGUGCAUGAGAAACGCAUGAAGUGGCACACAGGUGAAGCCUGGAAAAUGCCUGAACUGGCUCAGAUGCUAAAAAGUUUCUCUGGGUGGACUGAAGAUGGAGUGGUGUACCUCGAAGGGCCCAAAAAGAAGAAGUUCAGCAUCCAGCCUCUUUACUUGCCUUCAGUGCCUUAUAGUAAUCAGAAUGUCACUUUCUACCUGGGGUUUACUUUCAGAGGCCCUGUGGCCUACAACAUAACAGUGUGCAGAUAGUUUGCAUCAAUCACCUUAGUAUUGAUCUUAGUAGUGAAAAUACUAAUCUAAAAUACAAAAUUGAAGCAGUGAUUCAAGUUUUUUGAUGUUCCUGUUUAGUAUCUCUGCUUUAAUAUCCAUUAAUAUUGCUAUUUUUAGCUGAAUUAUAUUUAUAUUCAUCUUUUUCUCUUCCUUUCUUUCUCUUCUACCUUUUACGUUUCUGUGUCCAUUGAACUUGAAAUAAUCUCAAAAUGAUAUCCAAUAAAGCUUUUUACAUGUAUAAAUCAAGCGGAGCUCUAUGGUGAAAGCAGCAAGGCUCCACUGGUGAAAGUAAAAUCUGUUGGACUCUUUUUGGCAUUAAGACAACAAUUGUUAAAGCUACCCUGCCAGACAGGACACAUAAAAAGGAUGCUUUUUGUUUUUGAAUUUUGCACUGUAUAUAAUUAUUCAUUAUAGCUAUAUGCCUUCUUCUAAUUGCUUUUAACAUAAAACUUUGAAGUUUAAGAUUGUGUCCCGUGGUGUGAAAAAACAAACACAGUUUCAGAACACAUUAGUCUUCUGACUUAUAUUGAUUUAUGGCAUUUUGAUUGAUUUGUGAGAACUAAGGGAUGACUUAGGUCCAUCUUUUACAACCCAUAGGGUCCAAUGUGUAUCAUUGUAUAGGAUAUAGAUAUAGCUUCAGCACACCAGCACAGUAAAUGUUGUCUUGUUUACAUUUUGUCUCAAACAAUCCAAAAUGGAUUUAGAAAUAUCUGAAAUAUUAUAACUCAACUUUCUUUUUAUGUAUUUUGACUUUGAUUGCCAACUUUGUGAGACAAUGGCUGUUAGGAUUUAUUUGACUUUAAAAUGUAAAAUUGCAUUGGUUUGUUUAUUUCAUUAAACUUCAUCUUGUUUAAA